UAUAAUAUAGCAGUAUAGCACUACGGAAUUCGGCCAGGAUUGGAAACAAAAAUUUUAAUUAUUGUCUGACUUUUUAACAUACGUACUCGUAUUUAUAUUUACAAAAUAAAGCUUUUACUAGUAAAUUAAACACAGGCUGAAUUGAAAUGAACAACAUUUCUCGAGCAUUUACUAAAAAUAUCAGUCAAGCAUUUCAGCUUGCAUCGGAGAAACUUGGAACUGCGGAAGAUAUAACUGAUCUACCCCAAGAGUACAAAGAACUUGAGUUGCGCGUUGAUGCUCUUCGAACAGUUCAUGAAAAUAUACUCAAAAUUACUCGAAUUCACACGAAUUCAUCGUAUGACUAUCCUGGACAAAUUCAAGAAACUGUAAAAGUGCUUUCACGUAGCGUUGGUGAUCAAAUUAAAAAUUUAACUCAAAGUCCUGUAGAAUCACGGGAUACAGAAACUUCGGCACCGCCACAGCCAAAAACUUAUCAUCACGCUUUAGCGCGCUCUUGUACACAAGGUGCCGAGUUAUUAGGUACAGAAGAUCCUUUCGGGGCUGCAUUGAAUAAAUACGCGACUGUACAAGAACGUAUUGGAGACCAUAGAAUCAAGAUGGAUUCCGAGAUUACUCAGAAAUUUGUUCAACCAUUCAAUAUAACACUUAAUACUAGUAUUCAAUUUGCUAUGAGGGCAAGAAGAAAUGUUAAUUCAACGCGGUUGGCGCUAGAUAGUGCUAAGAGAAGAUAUAAGUCAAUUCGUGGGGAAAGAUCGGAAGCUGCAAGAUUAGAAGUUGAACAAGCAGAAGAUCAGUUUGUAGCGGCUGUUGAGGAAGCGACCACAUUAAUGAAAUCUGUACUUGAAACGCCAGAACCUCUUCGAAACCUUGCAGAAUUGGUGAACGCUCAAUUGGCGUUUUAUAAAGAAGCACAUGAAAUACUUGCUGAACUUGCGCCAGAGAUUGAUGAAAUGCAAGUGCAACAGGAAGCUUUAUAUAGAAACAGUCGUAAUGAUUAAAAAAGGUAUCUAUUCACUUAGGUAUCUUACUAACUUAAACUAUUAUUGCAACUUUGUAUAAUCGUAUGGUUAUGAAAAUUUUUCUAAUCAUUCAUAUUGGCAAAUUGUAAUUAGCUAUGAAUCUAAUAAUAAAUUUAAUUACUUAUUUAACAUAUGAUAUUACUGCGCCGAUAAAUUAUUUGAAACAAU